UUGCACGAGAAAUAUGCAAUAAAUAAUAGUGCCUCCUGCCCUUAUUGCCGACCAGCGCACUGAUCCAGCAUUAAACCUCUGAGUUUGAAAAAUUUGCUUGAGAGAGCACGAAGACCCACUCAUAUGAGUGUCGCAGUGGAGCAGAACCUUACAACGGCAAUCGGUUCGCGAGUGAGUGACUUUCCCGCCCCGGGGGGAGACUUCAUCGCAUCGCAAGCGAGAGCGCGCACUACGACCAGCAAAAAUGCACACGAACGAAAGAGUACGCUCUGGUACGCGUGCUACGGAGCCUGCGCCCCACCAGUAGGAGUGCUGGCACGCUGAAACGUCGGGAAGAGUCGUUGUCAAGCAUCCGAAACAGCCUUGGCAGUCACAUUGGGGAGCGCGUGGUAAAAAAACGCUUUUUUCCCGGGACCGUCCGUAGUCCGUUUGAGGUUGGCGCGUUUUGCAGGUGCUAUCUAUCGGUGUACCGGGGGUUUUACGCUGGUCGUUACCGGGCCACAGCAAGUAACCGAACGGCGUGACACGGGAGAAAACCUUUGAUUGCUGUAAACGAAACGUUACCGUGUGCACGUGUGAUUCCAGUGUGAAUCCUUAAAAGGAUUUUGUGCCGGUGAUUAAGUGAGGGAGAAAAGUUAAAGGCAGAAAAUAGCAGUGUCCGGGAAUUUGAUAAACAACGCAUUCAAGAGAUAACUGAAGAUACAUGUGUUAAUUAAGAUCGCAUCCAUAAAUAGUGGCAGAGUGAGCAUCUCGGCAAAUUAAUAAGUUUCUUACCACACCCUGGUUCGCUAUUGUUCUGACCGGGGAGCUAACAGUCAGUUGUUCCUUUUUUGGUUUCGGUGUUUGUGCGUACAGCCAAAACAGGUUAGCAGGGUGUGUGCCACAGCAAGCAAACGUGAUCUAAUGUCAACGCAGCACGCAUAAAACAAUUUCCACAAUUUUCCCCCCCGCGGGAAAUCCCUCACGCGGGCAUUGUUGCGGUUGUGUACGCGGUUUGUUUACACGUUUCGAUUGUUACCGAUAUAUGUUUUGUUUAAUAGUGCUCAUGGAGGGUUAAUUUGUUCAACGCAUGCCGCCACAAAAUUACCUUUAAUUACCGAAUUGCAUGUGACCGGAACCUGUUUGUUCGAUGCGCUUGGUGCAGUAUGCAACAGGAAGUGAUUAUGGUGCAAGUGUUAUGAUUUGCUUUUUUUAAAUACUAGUGAAAAACUUGUUUCGAGAAAAUAUAAUUCUUAAAUGUUGUACUGAAGCGUUUACGUGAGUUUGAAAUCGAUCUACACGAAAGCUGUAGUGUGGUGCUGUUUAUUAACAAGUUCAUUUCACUGAAGUUUCGUAUUAAAUUCUGACAGAUAUUUGGUUGAAAUUGUUAUCACAAAACCCCCGGCAAAAAGAUUAUACACAAGUGCUUCAUCCGGAAGGGUGUUUGAGAAAAGGCAGUGCAGCAGGUGGAAAAUGUUCUUGUACGAUCGUUAUCGCCAAGUGCCAGCGUACGUGAGCUAUGUAUCCGUGGUAUAGAGAAGCCCAGCUCAGCGUAGGACAACUCUGCAGUCCCCUGGCCGGACCGACACCUAUUAAGACCGAGAACAACUACAGCGAUUGUAUGCUGGCUGUGGAUUUUCCCAACAAGAAACCGUCGAACGCAUUCCCGUGGCUAUCGGAGGCGACCAACAACAACGAUUAUAGCAAGGGCAAUAACAAUCAUCACGGUACGCCACCGCAUCUACAUCCCCACCCACACCAUCCGCACCAUCAUCAUCAUCACCAUCAUCCGCACCAUUCCCAUCAUCCGCAUCUGCCCCACUCGGCGCCCGGCAGUCAGUCAAAUCUUGGUGCAGCUGGAAGCAGUUCACACGCUGCCAGCAACUGUCGUCACGGACAUCCGGAGGACACCAAGUGUCGCUCGUUAAACUGUGGCCCACCGCAAUCGCCCACGGCCGCCGCCGCCUCCUCCUCCACUAGCCUAGCAGCGAACGAGGGAGCUACUCCCGAUUCCAGCAGCACCACGGCGACCGCCACGGCUAUACCGAACUUUAACCAGAUGCCCGUGCCAGGCGGUGUGCAGGGCCAAAACCCGACCCAGGGCCUCGUGCACUGGAUGAGCGCGGUAAUGGCCGAGCAUAUGACAUCGAACCCGCACCAUGAUCCGGCUGCCGUCGGGAUGCACUACAUGUGGAAUGGACCGGUUGAGCAAUGUGGACAGCAUACGAAGGAUAUGGACACGUACGGUGGUUGGCCAACACCUCGAAACCCAAUGGCGAUGAAGCAAGGAUAUGAGGCAAAAAUGAAUCCAGUCGAUCAUCACCACCAUCACCAUCAUCACCAUCACAACAACCUACAGAAAGGGCACAUGAUCGACGAUGGUCGUCUGCUGGAUCAUCACACCAUGCAAACGGGCGCGGCCCAAAUGAGCCAACUGUAUGGAGCCCGUGGCUCAUCCAGCAGUAGCUCACCGGGCGGUGGCCUCACCGGGCAUGGUGGUGCUACCAACCCGGCCACCGCACUGCUCGUCGUACCUCAGCCCAUCAAUGCCACCAAGAUCGGUGCUACCGGACUGCCGAACGGAACUGGUCGAAAGUAUCAGUGCAAAAUGUGUCCACAGAUCUUCACCUCCAAGGCGGACCUGCAGCUGCACACGCAAAUUCACAUGCGUGAAGCAAAGCCGUACAAAUGCUCCCAGUGCAAUAAGGCGUUCGCCAACUCGAGCUAUCUGUCCCAGCACACCCGCAUCCAUCUCGGCAUCAAGCCGUACCGGUGCGAGAUCUGUCAGCGCAAGUUCACGCAGCUGUCGCACCUGCAGCAGCACAUCCGGACGCAUACCGGCGAUAAACCGUACAAGUGUCGGCAUUCGGGCUGUCUCAAGGCAUUCUCGCAGCUGUCCAACCUGCAGUCACACUCGCGCUGUCACCAGACGGACAAACCGUUCAAGUGUAACUCGUGCUACAAAUGUUUCUCCGACGAACCGUCACUGCUGGAGCACAUUCCGAAGCACAAGGAAUCGAAGCACCUGAAGACGCACAUCUGUCAGUACUGUGGAAAGUCCUACACCCAGGAGACCUACCUUUCCAAGCACAUGCAGAAACACGCGGAACGAACGGACAAGCGGCCACCGAUUGGGACGCGAAGUAGUAACAGCACGGUCAAUCUGAGUGCGUCCACGCCCGGCAGCACUAGCUCGGGCAGUGGCAGUGCAUCGAACGGUCCUACGACGACCGUCGGUCCUGCCACGAUGACCGGCGAGAGCACGUUCUGGCCGAAGGUAAGCCCAGACUCGGCGGCAGCUACGAUCAAUGAUGUUAUCAACCAGCAGAACAAUCAUCACGACUUCAGCCUGACUCCGAAUGGCAGUGCAACGAAUGGUAGUAAUGGUAGCACCGGUAACGGUCCUGCAACUAAUGGUCCCCAAUCGAACGGGGCAAAUGCGGUACAUGGGUCCGGAUCCGAUCUCCCUGGGCCACACCAUCAGCGGGAUGAUGCGGUCGAUGAGUUGGUUGGAACAGCCCGAGGGCCUCCCGAAAAUUCCGCCAACAAUACAAAUACCCAACCCAACGGAAACUCCAACACCGGACCGGGGAAUCAAACAUCCACACAGCAACAACAACAACAACAGCAACAACAGCAGCAACAACAGCAACAACAACCUCCACCACAGCAACACAACGGAACUGCACCGAUGAAUGGUAAUCUUGCGAUCCCCCCCGUCUCGACACCCAUGUCCGCUAGCUACGACUCGAACAGCAUAGCGAAGGCCACCAGCAAUUCGGCCUUCACACCGAUCAAUGCGAUGCCACCGCACCUGAAUAGCCUGCAGCAUCAUCAUCAGCUAGCGACACAGCGGCCCUCCUAUCUGUACGAUGCCAUCAGCUUCCAGAACCAGAAGGCCGCCAUGGCUCAAAGUCCCUCGAACGCAUUUCCCAACCAACUGAUCUCGCUUCACCAGAUACGCAACUAUGCGCAUCAACCGGCCGGUGGGUUAAUGGCCGGUGAGCAUCUGCUCGGUGUCACCGUCGGUCCCGGUGGCAAAGACAAGGGUUAAGCUCACUCGUCUAGUGGAAUGGUUUACAACCCAUAUCCGUUUGCCCACGGUGUAAUUGUGUCCCAAUUCCCAUAGCUACUCCUAUUCCCUCUGUACAUACACGCUUGACGAUCGAUCUCGAUCGACGGUAAGCCAUCCGGCCACGAGCAAGCAAGAGGCUAACCAAUAUCCGACGUGUGAUCACAAGUUCUGAUCUUCGGAUUCAGCCAUCGACGGGCACCGGAUUAACUCUCAAACUCACACAACACGCCGUUGGAGGAGUUCCCAUAUUUCUAGCAAAGUUUCGUUGCAACUUCGUUCCCUUCAGAACAUCUUUCUUUCAUCCUCUCUCUUUCUCUCUCUGCCCCCUUCUUCGUAUCUUUUAUCUCACAAAGGACAUAUCUUUUAUUAAGUUCUUCGAAAACAGACUAUUUCUCUGUUUGGCGCAUUUAUUGAAACGACACAGGUUUAUUUGCUGUGUAUUUUUCCAAGCAUUUCUAUGUUAGAAACCAAAACUAAUGUCACAUUUGUCUCUUCACAUGCGCCCCAAUUGUGAUGGCGAACCGUUGAUAGGUGUAGUAGCACUAUUUAAAUGUACAAGCAGUUCCCAAAUUAACGUGACUACACGGAGACACAAUUAAAUGAACAGGACCGUCCAAAUGACUCCAUCGUGACCCGUUCCCUACGCCCAACAUCGAAACUUACUUUCCAUUCUUUGCUUUUAACCGUAGCCCUGUUGUGCGUUCGUUGUCUUGCACAAGAAAAAAAAAGAUGUCCAAAAGAAGGGUUUUUGUUUCCUACAUAUAACUGUGAUAAACCAGUAAGAUGAUGGAUGCAUCUUGCAAAAGAUAGCUCCAGUCUCUCGCUUGCGUUUCCUUCCUUUCCGGCCGUGUCUUUGCUAUUUGCCCAUUGCUCCUAUGCAAUAUGUUGUCCCACAUCUUCCCACAGAUCCCACAGAUCCGACAGCAAAAACAAAAACCACAUGCGUUGAAGUGCGAUGUUUAAGUAUAGAUGUAAAAAAUGAUAGCUUAUUCCGUUCACGAAAAGGGGCAAUUGCGCCAAUUCGUAGCAUUCUAAGCAUUGCAGCAAACAAGGUUCCUCAUAUGGUACUGAAUAUGAGAAUAUGUGUAAAAUUUAAUGUGAGCACUGCGUGCGACUAGGUUACAAUCAUGGUGAAGUAUUGACAUUUUCCAGCAAUCCUACUUCGUUCAUUACUUAUUGCAAAAUUAACAAACAAACACAAACUCGUUCGUGGAUCCAUUCCAUCGAUGAAAUUACUUAGACGGACAGUGAGCACCGGGCAGUGCACCAAUAUCGUAGCGAGGGUAGAGAUAUGCCACCGAGCGAAAGCAACGAAAUAAUGAGAAGAUACUACUAAAUAUAAGUAAUGGAAAAAAUAUAAAACUAAUUAACAAAUCAACCAUCGGUGUGACUCUGUCGAUGGUGCAGAGCAUAGGCAAAAAAACCCUUACGCUAAGUAACAUUAAAAAGCUGUAACUUAAGUAACUGAAAUUCUGAACAUAAAAGCGUCCCACCAUGAUGGCAAAGCCCCUGAAAGGCGCUGUUGUGCUACUGUUGCGCUACUACUGUGUGUGCGUGUUUGUCACGUGGACGAUUGAACAAGCUGCGCUCGGUGUUUCUCGCGUUCUCGCGUUCUUUUAUGACGAUCGUCUGAGCAAACAUACAUUAAAGUGUGAGGUCCUGCUUCAAAGGACCUGAUUUGAGAAACGGAAAGAUUAAAAUAUUUUUUAUUUGUAUCAUUGUAUCCUGUACAUCCUUCACAACAAGAAACACAAACACACACACCCAAACACAUAAAACACAAAACUAUGAAACUAUUUCAAAAAUCGAAUAAAAAUAAAACUCUUAUAAAUGUAUGUAAAUUACCUA